AGAAAAACAUUCAAGCGCGACAGAAGCCAAACUUGCAUUGUUACGCUGGGUGCGUACGCAACUGCACGACUAUGUCAUGGCGAAUAUAAUACCGUCGAUCCAAGAUUUCUCGCGCUCCUGGCGAAACGGUGUUGCAUUCUGUUUACUGAUCCAUCGGCACGACCCAGAAUUGAUCCCCGAUCUGUUUGGCAAAUACCUGCAGACAGUGCCCGAAUGGAACCAUCAAACAUGGAUCGAGUUGUUGACGUUGGCAUUCAACAUUGGUGAGCAUCAGCUGAAUAUACCACGGUACCUUGAGCCCGAAGAUCUCACAGACGUCGACUAUCCGCACGAACCCAGCGUGAUGAUGUAUGUCGGCGAGUUUUACAAAAUCAUGUCUUAUGCACAACGGUCGGAGACGCAGGAAGCGGCAGAUCUUGCACGGAAACAGCGCGCUGCUUGCAUUUCGGCUCUACUAAAGUUCUUGGGCAUACAUCAGAAUGAGACUGAUCCACUGAUAGAGGAGCAAGAGGAGGAAGUAAAAGAAGAGGAACAGAUGUUAUUGGAGGAAAAUGAAGAUGAACGUGCAGUUACAGUGCAAGAUAAACACAAUGAGAACAGUGGAGAAGGAGAAGGAGAGGAAGAAGACGAUGAUGAAGAAGAGGAACCGACACCAUUGGAUACGCCAAGUGAUGAAAUAUCCAAUCCAAUUCUCAUCGACAUGAGAUCCGAUCGCGACGCGCUUGCUACAUUCAUCUCUUCCUUUUCUCCAGCCAUUGAAGCCAUGACCAAAGACGAAAUCAGCUCAGCAGAAGCCAUCACACAGCGCAUGUUUGCUUUUGAAGCCAUACGAGAACAGGCCGACGGGCAACAUGCCCUCCUCGAUUCAAUCAAAGCCAAGCGUCAAGAACUUGUCACCAAAGAACACAUUGACAGUAGCAGCGGAUCCCUAAACGAUGAUGGUGAUGAGCAUGAACAGAUACAGGCCGAGGCCGUAUUGAUCUACGAAGAUAUGGGGCGUCGAUGGACAGAAUUCGUCGGACUGAUGAUGUCGACUGGCGAUACGCUCAAUACGUUGCAGCACGAUUGGCAGGAAGGCGAAGACGAUGCCAAGCGCUUCCAACAACGGGCCGCAUCUGUCGAAAAGGAAAUCAUUGCCUUACGUGAAUCGUUGGACAAUGCUUAUCCAACAAUCAUCAAAAAGAGUGGGGAUGGAUCCGACGUUGUAUAUCCUCUCCAACCCUUAGAGGAAGGCUCGAAUGAAUCAGCUGAUAAAUAUGAAGCGUCGAUUGCAGAGCUGGCAUCAUCGGCAGACACGUUUGAUGCCAAUACGUGGAAAUCGUUCGAGCAACUUGCGCGAGACCUGUGUGCACCUGCCAUGCGCAUUGUUUCAGCACAAUACACACGACUACAGCAGCGACAUGACAACCUCAGCAAGUCCUUGUCUAGUUCAAAGAAUGAUUGCCGCCGAUACAAGCGGGGUGUCUCUUUUGCCGACAUCACACGCGCCAUCAGCGAAGAGCUUGAAAUCGUUCGCAAAACCUUGAGCGACAGCACCAAGUCCGUAACGGAUGACGCCAUUCAAGACCUCGAAAAACGCGUUGACGUGGCUCGAUCGACGAUCCAAGCUGUUCAAGAAGAAUACAAGGAUUUGCUUGUAAUGGAUGCUAGUACGGACAGCACCAUCAUAGCCCCUGUAAAAGAGCCACAGAAGCAUGGCGACAACAACAAUAACGAAGACGAUCGUUGGUACUACGUUGCACAUCUACAAAAAAUACAAGAAAAGUACGAAAUCGUGGGCGAUUGGGUCGACCAAGUGCGAGUCUGGUUCAUUGAGGCGCAACGCAUUCGGAAAUGGAUUGCAGAGCGUAUCGAUAUCAUUGAACAACGCGAUGGAUUGAUGGAGGACGUAGAUCCACUGAGUCUGCAGUUGUCGGUCUCGGAUGGCAAAAUCAAGGUGCUGUACGACGAGCACCAAGCGUUGCGCGAAGAGAUUGAAAAGUUUGACGCAGACGACAUGACGCGGCUGCGUACGCACGUCAAGACACUCACGGGUGUCGAGCGAAAAAAAGACUUGAGUCCUGCAGACACAUCGACGAUCGAGAUAACAUUGACAACGCUCAACAUGCUGAAUCAACUCAAGGAACUAUUAGGCAGCCGAUCGAUUCUACUUGACAUGCUCAUGCUGCGAAUCCAGUGGGAAAAUUUGUUCGCCGACGCAGUGAAAUGGGUGGCUACCACGGACGAGGAAAUGAACGCGUUUCUACGCAAGAAUGCGCGGUGGUCCGAUGCUUCCGAAUCCAACAUUGAAGAAGUGAUUCAGACACUCGUCUAUCUCGAGCGCAAGAUUGCCGAUUUCGACCAAGAGGACUACUCGCAUGUGCUGGAUGCCUAUCAAGAGUUGGACGAGCUCAACCAUUCGACUGCAGCUUCAGCAGAUACCGCCGCUUUGCCUGAUCAUCUGGAAAAGCGACAAGAAGGGUUCGAAAAGGCAUUCGAAGACUUGAUGAAACGCUGUGCAUUUUGUCGCAAGGUCGUAGAGCAGCAUCUCAAGGUGAUGGAAGUAGUAGGCCAGUUCCGACAGAUCAAGGAACAGGGCGAGAAACUGCGACAGGCUAUGAUGGAAACAGGCGAUCGCAAACACGAUGCUGUCAAUCUCAACGACGAGGAAUUGUAUGCUGAGAAUGUGCAGACUUUCAAGGAACAAUCGGCCUAUCUGAUAACCCAUUUUGCUGCCCAAGUGCCCUAUCCAGAUGCACCAGAUAUGAGCACAGCCAUUGGCACGGGCGAUGACCAGGACAACCAGCUUGCCAACGAAUCGAUCCGAAGCACAAUUAGUGCCUAUGGUAUGUCAUUAGCGCUUUUGGCCGAAGGUUUGGAUCAACUGCUUGCUAGCCGCCAAUACAUUCUGUCGCUUCAUCAACGAUCCAAGAUAUCCUAUGACAAGAUGGCUCGCUUGACUGCAUGGAUGGACGAGCGAACACGGACAUUGAACAAGGCUAAGAUGGAUGUCUGCAGCCAACAGAACCUUGGAGAAAUGGACGAAGAAGAGGUCACCCGUUUGGAAAAGGAACGCGACGGUAUCGCCACACGUCUGGCGCAGAUCGAGCAAGAUGAUCUGGCGAAUGCUCUUCAAGAAGUACGGCAGCUUGAAGACGACAUUGAUGCCUCAAACGCAGUCUCAAUUGACCGACACUCGUUGGUGAGCAGCAUCGAGGGUCUCGAAACGGCACAUCAACAGUUGCAGCGUUUACUCGGUCAGCGUGCGUUUGAUUUGGACAUGGUGAAGCGAUACAUGGCCUGGCAAGGCAUGUGGGGCAAGAACAAUCAUCUGAUACUCACUGCGGCUCGCAAGAUCUGGGACCUGUGUAUCAAAAAAGGUCGGUUCGAUCCUAGCAGAGAAGAUGUUGACAAGCCCUCGUAUGCGCACGAUAAUGAAAAUACACAGGCAGUACAGCUGCUUCAGGACCGCGUAGCUGAAAUUGGUGAUCGUCACAUGUCUGUGUUAUCCGACAUGCAUCAACAACUGACCGACAAGUACACCGAGAUGCAACACAAUGGUGGCAAGACCAAUACUAACAGCAACAGCAUGGCUACAACCACGCUUCAAUUCUUGACUGAAAAGCAGGGCGAAGUUGAGCAAAAGUACAAGGAUUUGCAGUUCCUGCUCACAUACACGACCGAGCUCAUGACGCAACGCUCCAUUAUCACCGAGUUCCUCUUGCGCGUGCAGGAUGCUCAGCGCGAUGGCGAAAAGAUACGAGAUGCUAUCACGAAAAUGACGCGUCGCAUUAUGGAAGAUCAGGAGGCUCAUUUGUUGGAAUCGCGUGCCGAGUCAUUCCGCCAGAUCGUUGAUGCUAUUUGGCAAGAAUGUGGUCAGAGCAUGCCUUACCCCACAUACAAUGGGUCUGGUCUCUUGCGCUCGUUGCAGCCGACCGAGACCUCCAACUACAAUGCCCAAAUCAAGGCGCAGAUCAAGGCACUGCUCGACCGAAAAAUGGACGAAUUGCAAGGCCUUCGGGAAUCCAUCGACCAGCUGCUCGAGACAUAUCGUCAAGCCAAUCACACCAAAACGCUUACCGGUCAGUACGACAAUGAAGCAGCUGAAUUGCAAACGUGGAUCGAUGAGCAAGCCGCUCAACUCAAGCAGCAGCAUAUUGAUAUCACUGCUGAUAACGCGACCUUUGCAAGUGUCACGGAUGAUUUGAUGAACGAUCUCGAAAACAAACAUGGUGCGUUAGUAGAUACGCUGCGUGAGUUCGAGAAUGUUCGGCUCAAGGAGCUUCAUGACAAGGUCGCCGAUUUGAUGGAGACUACAACCAAGGCUAAAAUCAAAUCAGUGGAUAUCACGGUGCCUGUUCGAAGACUUGGGGAGGUCAUGACGCAUUUGGAGCAGCUCAAGGACUCGCUUGCAGACCACCGGGUGACCAUCGAAGCUGCAUCAAAGCGCAGCAUUUGGCAAAAGCGAUUGCAAGUGGGUCGUGAUCAGCUCGAGAAAAUGAGCGAGCAGCUGCGUACGUUCAAUGGCAACAAGAACAAAUGGAUAGCACAAGAAGAUUUCAGUCGAGAGCAUGUCCAGCAGUUGGAGGCUGAUUGGGAUGACCUGAUUAAACAAAAGGACACUUUUACCUUGGAAACGUUGCUUGGUAUUGAGCAAAGCUAUGACACGUUUGUUAAGUAUUUUGCCAAGCUCGCACGGCCGAUUGCUACACCGGAUCAUAUUGAAGCAUGGAUGGAAUCUUUGAACCGAGCAACGAAUCGGUUUGAAGAAAACUUGGGCGCACGCUCAAAGGAACUUGAUUUGGUGCGACAGCGCUUGACGUUCGAUGAUCAGCUACAAGAGUCGUUGCAAUGGUUACAAAAGCAUCAGGGCGUUGUGGAUCGUUUCAUUGAAGAACGAGCACGAUGGACAUCAUCGGCUGCUGACGAUGACAAUGGCGACGAGAACAGCAACAAUAACAGUAAUGACGAACUGCAAAGUGCAUGGACUGACUUGAACGAUCAGUAUGCACAGUAUUGUGAUAAAGUCAUUGAUCGAUUGAUGAAUGACUUGAACGAGUUGCGCGAAGCAUCAUCCACAGCAGCGAGCAACAUGGUCCUUAUUUCGGAACCGCUUAACGGCAGAAUCCGACACCUUGAUUAUAUCCAAAAGCGGAUCCAACUCGACUUGACGUUUGCUGAUGGUAUUGUUACCCAGCGGUGUUUGAUGGCCGAUUUUCUGGAUCGUACUUUUGCUUUAGAGCAAUCAGCUGAACAAAUCCGUGAAGAAAUUGCGGCGUCUACCAGUGAUGACAACAACAAUAGUGGUAUUAGCAAUGAAGAAGCGGCUAUGACCAUGUUUGGACGGGUGCAAGAAUUGAGAUCGAGUAGUCAAGCUAUUGAUCGCGACGUGUCUGCCAAAAUUCCAUAUCCAACACGACCCGACAGCCCGAAAUCCCUUGUAUCUUCCGACCUAGCAGUAUCGACACAGCAACAGCUCAAAGAUGAUGCAUCGAAUUCGCUGGUACGAGAUACGGUCGAAACCAAGAGCAAACGACUGACAGGGCUGCUCGAUAGUUUGGAGCAACUGCUCGAGUCCAAAGAAAACAUUUCUAGGCGCAAGAUGGCAAUGGAAGCAUACCGCAAAGAAGUUGAAGCCUGCACGGAAUGGAUCGAUUUGCGCAACACCAUGUUAUCCAAGGCACGGGAACAUACCGAGCCGCCGUGCAGUAUUCCGGGACUGCGUGAUGGUGUUAGCUUGACAGAUAGCAUUCAAUCAGCUUCGCAUGCGAGCGAAAAUGCAAUGACGACGCUCAAGGCUGCCUAUGAUAAAUGUACGCGCCUGUGCCCCACUGAAGAAUUGCCAGUCGAGCAGCAGGCUGCUGUCGAAAAGGCAUGGUCUGACUUAAUGGAUGAGACGGUACGAACCAAGCAGGCUUUGCUGGCAUCGUUGAUCCCUGCAGAGAUUCAGGAGCGGGCAAAGAAACUCUUGUCGUCCUUCGACGAGCUUAGGGAUGCAAUUGGCGAUGCCGAGACCACGACAGUGACCGACGAACAGAUCUCGCAGUGGCAAAAGCAGGUGGAUGAGCUUGAAUCGCGCGACUAUGAACAACUGCAAAAGGAUGCGGCUGAAUCCGAGGAAGCCAACAGCAACGUCGAGGUCAAAGAGCAGAUGGAUCGAGUGGCAGAAAGUGCAGUGCAAGUGCGAACGGCAAUCACCCGUCUUUACGACGCUGUCAAUGUCAGCCGACUUUCAAAAACGCACAGCGACAAUGCCGACGUGGUACAGGCGCGUUUGCAAGAGGUAUGUGCGCUGGUUCACGCGACGAUUGAUAGGCAUCAGCGCUCCACGAUUGAAGCACGGGAUAUCAAGGAGAUGCGGCAGCAAUACCAGCAUCUUGUUGCUGCUCACAAAGAAGCAUUGUCCCAACAAGACGAUUGCAAGGAAGCGUACGCCGACCUCGUAGCGUACUACAGCUUUAUUAAGUCUCAAAUCGACGCAGAAGAAGACACGAAGGCAUGCCAGGAAAGCAUUGAUGCGCAAUGGUCCGACCUUGAGGCAGCAAGCAGCCAAUUAUCGCAGCUUGUCGGUGAUACAGCGAAAUGUGUGGAUGGUCAUGAAACUCUUGCUCAGGCUCAAACGGACUUGGCAGCCAUCAAACAGGAUGUGGAUAAGUUUGAUGCGAACAACAAGGAUGGUGAUGCUGCCUUGGAUGCUGCUACUCGCCGUUUGCAAACAGUCACCCAUGCAUUGGACGAACUUGCGACAGGUCUCACACGUGACAAUAGUGAGCGCAAUGCUCAUUUACUCGGUCGACAUGCAAAAGUCACGGAUGAUGCACGCAUGAUAGGCGAAGCAAUCGAAGCGUGCCGAGCCAAGUACACGCAGCAAUCGGUUUUGGAUGCAGUCAAACAGCAGGCCAAGGAAAUCCAGAAUGGCUGCACCAAACAUCUGGGCAAGGUGAAACAUGUUGGACCACUCAUCGACAACGAUAACCUGCGAGUGGAAGAAACCGAUAGCUUCAUCGAGACACACGGCAAGACGCUAGCUGCUGCACGAAACGAAUGCAACACGUUUCAAGAUGAGUUAACAGGAACAUUCUCCCCACAGUGCAAGCGACUGACGGACGAACUCAAGGUUGAUGUCGAAACAGUUGACAGCGUUCGCAAGCCGACCACUGAUGCAGUGAAGGAACUGGAUAACGCCAUCAAUGAUGAGCAGUCGUACCUGGAACUUUUGAAGCUGUACUCCAAGCAUGAUAAGCUGGGUGGUAAUGUUCGUAGCUCGCUGGAUGCACUGAUAUCGACCAUCACCAGUACCAGUGGCGACGAGACCGAAAUGCCGAUCUUGCUUGCGGAUAUGGAACGAUCGACUGAGGAAUCUAUUCAAGCCGUGGAAGAGCAAGCGCGCCAAGUUGCUGCCAUUACAGACAAGCGAAAAGAGGACAAGCGUUAUACAGCAGUGGCCAAGGUUGUCGAGAGUCGAUUAGAAUCACUCAAGAGCGAAUAUGGUCAACUCAAGUCGAUGAUUGCUGAGACGCUGGCACGCAUGGAAAAAGCCAAGAAGCAUCGCGACGUAUCUACCCGCUUGACUGAAACGACGCGCUACGUGGAUAAGCUCAAGGAUCGUGCCAGUGCGUUGCAGCUUUCCUCGAACGACGACAAGAACAUGAUCAGUGUCGAGCAAGAGGAGCUGCGCGAGAUUGAACAGGAAGUUGAAAAAAUCGCGGCCCAAAACCUGAAUACACUCUUUGCAGAUGAACCGACCGAGACAGACCGAGGCCUCAAAAACCAACGCAUGUCCCUCGAGGAAAACAUCCGCGAUCUGCAAAGCUUGCUAGCCACACGGCGCAGUGAGGCUACGACGCAAGGCAAUAUAAAGACAUUCAUGCAAACUGUCGACAAACUUGAAAAGCAAGCCACGCUUUUGUCUACAGCCAUCGAUGAUGCAGCACCCCAUCAUGCAGCUGUGGUUAACAACAAAUUCAGCAAAUCGGAUCUGCAGUCGCUGUUGCGGAACCUGAUUGCGUCGUACAAGCAGUAUGAACCAGGUAUGACCCAGCUCGUCAAGAAAGCCAAGGCCGAGGCAGAGAAGCACCCAGGCGAUGCACGCGUCUCUGAGCGCCUGGCACGGGCAUUGGCACGAUGCAACAAGAUCAAGGCAGCAGCUGCGGCACGCGAACGUGAACUGCAGACCUGCAUCAAUCAGCUUGACCAUGAUUUCUUCACCAAGCUUGCCAUGGCCAAGACGACCAGCUCGCGCCGCGGUGGUGCAAGCAACGGUACCAGUGGUAAAAAGAGCGGUUUGCCUCCACCUUUACCGACCCCAGUACCCAUGACGCGUCAUUCAUCGAGCCAGAGCAGCACAGCCAGCAAUACUCGACGCAGCCGUGUUCCUCUGCGACCUUCCAAAACCCCGAUUCCAACACGCUCAGUCUCGCGCACCAAGUAUGUCGCCGAUCCCAAAAAUGAAUUAGAUAUGGAGCUCGGCCGUAUUGUCAAUGAUAACGCAUAUCGUGUCAAGGUCAAGAUGGUGCCCGGUGAAGUGGGCAAGUACUGGUUUGGUGAAGUCAAUCCACGCUUGGUAUAUUGCCGCAUUUUGCCCAGCAAGUUGGUGAUGGUCCGCGUUGGAGGUGGAUGGGUCGAAUUGUCAAAGUUUUUGCGCGAUCACAAGUUGACUGAAGGAAGCAUCCGCUCGACAGCAGACGACGCCAUUUCAAGUACAAGCAGCAGUGGAUCUUCGGGCGGUUCUUCAUCUACUUCAACGCCUUUCCAGUCAUCAUCUCUUGCUCCCAACACACGAUGCGUGUCACCGUCAGGCCGUAUCACUGUACGAGGUGGUGGCGCAAGUGGCGGAAGUGGCGCGAAUGGUGUUCUAAGUGCAACGAGUAGCACGGAUAACAACAGCUUAUUGGCAGGCACAUGGUCCACGUCAAGCCGUCGCUCUUCUAAAACCCCUGCAGCUCGUGGCCACCUUGACGGAGACAAGUAUAUCCGUGUGGAUGAGGCAGGAAAUCAAGUAAUGGUCAAGAUGACCAAAGCGGAAGAGGGCGCCAAAAUGCCUGUAGUCACUCGAAGACGAGCCUAAACAUUUUUUUACAUUUCCCUUCUAUUAUACGUAUACAUCAUCGUCCACCCUCAUCUUCUUAAAUCUUAAAGCAUGCAAUUUUUUCCCUUCUUCCCCUAAUUCCUCCCGGAUCUUUAGCGCACAAAGCACACCAACUCUGUAUUACUAUCCACUUUAUCCUAUUAUUCACAAGCUCAUCACUUACAUAACAUAUCCCUUUUAUCACAUUCUAUCCCACACUACCUAUUACCCUUUUCCUUCGCACAGCUAGAUAGUACUCACGAACAAAAAGUGUUAUUCCCAAUAAUAUGACCUUCAUAAUAUAUCGUUCAUUUUAG